GAAUUGUCCGCUGUUGGAUGGAAGAAGUGUAGUGUAAAUUGUUCUUGUUGUUGUUAAAUUUUAAAUUUAUAUUGAAUUGUUGGUUGUUACAAUGAUUUCAGUGUUUAAAAAAUAAGUGCUUAAAUGUACCGUAUACUUCAAAUCUGAAACUGUAAUGAAAUCACAUAUAUUAGUCUCCAUUAGCAAAAGUGAAAAGGUGUGUACAAAAUAAUGAAGACAAAAUAAUCAAAAUUACAGUCGGAAAAUGUUGGGCUUUCGUUUUAGUUAUCUUUAUAAACUUCAUACAGAAUCAUUUAUGGGUUUCAAUGCAGUAAGCCUUCCUGGAAAUCCACCAGGGGCAUUUUAUCGAUCAAGUUUACCUGCCACUCCAGUGUCGACACCAAUCAGAGAAAAUGGACGGUUUUCAGAGCAAGCCCUUCGAGAGAGGCUCUGCCGGACUCCGUCACCAAGGAAGUGCAGACUGUUUGAGUCCAGGGUUUCUGAACCAGAUAUUGGGUUCAAUGUAUUUAAUUCUGGGCUUCAGCUGUCCUCCCCUGAUGAUGAAAUUGACGAAGAAGCACCAGCAUGUUUUUCAACUGCUCGUCCCAGCCUUGAAAGUCGCUUAGAACGAUUAGAACAAGAAAGGGAGACACCUUCAAAUAGCUUAAAACGAAGAAUUUUUGUUGGAAAUAUUCCUUUAAGGGUUAGUAAAAAGGAACUGAAAGAUUUUUUUUCUAAAUUUGGUAAAGUUACAGAUUGUCUCAUAGUUCAGGACCACAUCAAAAGGAAGUCUCGGGGGUAUGGUUUUGUAAUAUUUUCAAAUCUCGUUGAUGCUGAGAAAGCUAGAAAUGCACCUCUUCCUGAAUUAGAAUUACAUGGGAGAGUUCUUAGAGUUUUUCCUGCUGAACAAAGAAAGUCUGAACAGUACAAAAGAGAUGCCCGGGAAAUUUUAUUUCAACAGUUUUCUGAAAAUGAAUCAAACCAAGAAGAGCAAGAGGGAAUUGAUGAUGUAUCUAUUCCUAAAAGUAGCAGCUUGCAAAACAUAAAUGAAAUGAAUGAUGAUAUGUUGCUGUUAAUUUUCUCAUAUCUAGGAUUACAAGACAGAGUAAAAUUAGAAUGUGUAUGUAAGAAAUGGAGAAAGCUUGUUUUGGAAUUAUGGAGAAGUCAACAUGGUUUGAAAUUUUCAAAAUGUCUUUUGCAUCUGGGAAGGAAAACCAACUGUUGGAUUUUUGAAUCACUGACAAAUGGCAUUUUGUUAUCUUUGUUAAAAAAGUGUGAUGGCAAUUUGAAAAAAUUAGAUUUGUCAACUGCUUCUCACACAUUGGAUUAUAAAGCUGUUGAGAUAAUAGCCCAGUAUUGUCCUAACUUGGAAUUCAUUAAUUUAUCUGGGGUAAAAGUAACAAAUGUUUCGCUACAGCAGUUGGCUAUAAAAUGUCCAAAGCUAAAGCAUGUUAUCUUACAAAGGUGUUUUGAAGUAGGUGAAAAAGGUAUGUAUUUCAAUAAUUUAAAUAUAUUAUUUCAGAAUAUGGUGCUUUUGCAUCUUUGUAAGAAACUAGAAUGCAUUGACUUAACAGGAAAUCCUAGAAUCACAGGGCAGUGUUUUCACAUGGCUGGCUCUAAUCUUCAGACUUGUGUUCUAAAUAAAUGUUCAAAGUUUAGUCCUAUGGGAUUUACAAAACUUGCAACGAGGUGUCGCCAGUUAACAGCUUUAUAUUUAAAUGAUUGUUUUCAGCUCUCAGAUCGUGCACUUGAAUUAUUAUGCCAGAGUUUAAGAAAUAUGAAAAUACUAUAUGUUGGAGGAAUAUUUACAGAUUUAACAUCAAGUGGCUUGCAUCAUAUUGGGCGUUUAUCUAGUCUUGAAGAUCUGUGCUUGGCUCACAAUCAAAAUAUUGAUGAUGAUGUCAUAUAUGCAAUUAGUAGAGGUUGUAAAAAGCUCAGGUAUUUGGAUCUAAGUGGUUGCACUGAAAUUAGUGAUUAUUCUCUAACUUCUUUAUCCAGCUGCUAUAAUUUACGGACACUGCACAUCAAUUAUUUAGACAGGAUAACUGAUGAAGGACUCUCAUCCAUUUCUAGACAAGGUACAUUAGAAACAGUUUAUCUUCGAGGUUGCCCUAAUAUUGGAGAUCAAGGUUUGUUAACUUUAGUACUUCUUUGCCCAUACCUCCAACUACUUGAUGUCAGUGGCUGUCAACAUGUUACCAAUGUUACAGUGACUGCUUGUCUAGACUCUGUUCAGGCCCGUUCUUCCGGGAAAAAGUUACUGCUAGUAACUGGAGGCACAAGUAUAAACCUGGAUGCAUUAGAGUUGAAUUCACCUCUGUUGGAAGUCUCCAGGAAUAAUUAUUGCAUUAACAGUUUAAGGCCUGACAGACUGGAUUAUCUUGAUCUUGAAAGCGAUGAAGAUGAUGAUGCAACUGUCGGAAAAGAUCAAGGAGUUACACCUGGAGAUGGUGAAAACAAAGAGCCAACUGAAGAAAUAGCAUUUGCCCCAAGUGAUAUCAAUGUGGAGUGGUCUGAGAUAUUUGAAUCUCCAUUAUGAAAAUGGCAGCUGAAUUUGUACAAGUUUUUUUUAAAUAUUUUUUGUAUGAUCCAUUUACUUCAGAUUUAGGAGAGUAAAGCAGAUGCAUAUAUUGUAUAUUAGUGUUCAUUAUGAAAUGCAGAGCAUUUAUAUUAAGUUCCUGUUCAUUGUUAUGGUGACUGUAGAAAGUCCCAGAAUAUUUUAAUUUUGAAUAAAUUAUAUUUUGUUA